CUCAUGAACCAGGGGAACGAAUUCAGUGACGGAACACCUCGGGACAUAUUUCCGCCAAUAACAAACCUGCUAGCUUUCAGAGUCUUAAGCUUUAUUGUUUAUACUAGUCAUUCCAAGUGUGUUGAAUUAACUAGUUUAUGGUCAUGCUUAAGUAAAAUGGAUUGAAACAACGGUGCUUAGUAUUACACAGAUGUCAUAACGUGAAUUUAGAUAUUAAAAACGUGAAUCAGCAGACAAAUGAUUCCGACUGGUGUUAGCUACAAAGGCUAACGCGAUGUGUAGAGACAUGCUCCUUUAGCGAACAGUCAUGUUAGCUUGGUAACGAUUGGACACUGGUUCUGGGACUGACGGUGUCUCAAGGUUGGUCGUGACACCGUCCUGUUAUUUGACUAAAGAGAGCAAGCACAGUCUUUCAGCCGGUCAGAUAAUUUCCGGGAAACAUUCAGCUGCAAAGAAGCUGCAAAAGAUCCGCCAAACUGGAGUUCGGCAAAAUGAAGAUGUUUGCGGGGUCGCACAAGACCGUCUUUGUGGUGGACCACUGCCCCUACAUGGCGGAGUCAAGCCGUCAGCAGGUGGAGUGCGACGUGCUGACAAAGAGUCGAGCUCACGGGGUCAUUCCCUUGGCUCCUGUGUCCAAGUCGCUGUGGACGUGUGCUGUGGAGUGCUCCAUGGAGUACUGCCGGAUCCUCUACGAUAUUUAUCCAAAGGACAAACUGAUUAAUUACAUUGUGAGUGAUUCCGAAUUCCACAUCUUGAAUAGCUGGAAACGAGAAGACCAGAGCACACAUGAGCUCAUGUCAGCUCUUGCAGCCGUCGGGCCACCUAACCCACGCGAGGACCCCGAGUGUUGCAGCAUCCUGCAUGGGCUCGUCUCUGCAGUGGAGUCUUUGUGCAAGAUCACAGAGUUGCAGCACGAGAAGCGCACUGCUCUCAUGGACACAGCCGAGAGAGUUGCAAAUAGGGGUCGUAUUAUCUGCCUCACUAAUGCUAAAAGUGAUACCCAUGUGCGAAUGUUGGAGGACUGCAUCCAGGAAACAAUAUUAGAACAAAACAAGCUGGCAGCGGGGUCAGACAGGUUGAUGGCGAUCCAGCAGUGCGACCUCGUCCUUGUUCACAUUCACCCACAGGGGGAGGACACGCUGGUGUCUGACCGACCCAAGAAAGAGAUCUCAUCUCUGCUCACCAGCGAGGUUCAUAGCGUCCGUGCAGGCCGACAUUUAGCCACCAAACUCAACAUUCUGGUCCAGCUGCACUUUGACUUAGCCUCCACCACCAUAACAAACAUCCCCAUGAAGGAAGAGCAGCACGCCAACACAUCAGCAAACUACGACGUUGAGCUCCUGCAUCACAAAGACGCUCACCUGGAGUUCUUUAAAAGCGGAGAUUUGCAUAUGGCCGGCAGCAGCACGAGAGAAAAUGGACUCAAAGAGACAAUAACGCUGAAAUGGUGCACUCCUAGGACUAACAGCAUAGAGCUUCAUUACUGUACAGGAGCCUAUCGCAUCUCCCCCACAGACGUAAACAGUCGUCCCUCGUCGUGUUUGACAAACUUCCUUCUCAACGGUCGAUCAGUGCUUCUGGAACAGCCGAGGAAGUCAGGGUCAAAGGUCAUUAGCCACAUGCUAAGCAGCCACGGAGGCGAGAUCUUUCUGCAUGUGCUCAACAGCAACCGUUCCACCCUGGAGGACCCGCCCUCCAUCAGCGAGGGCUGCGGUGGACGAGUGACAGACUACCGUAUCACUGACUUUGGGGAAUUCAUGAGGGAGAACAGGCUCACCCCUGUAGCAGAGUCUUCCUAUGAUCCUUCUGGGAAACUACCAGCUGAGAGGGCCAAAGCUCAGCUGGAGCGCCACACUCGAUACUGGCCUAUGAUCAUCUCUCAGACAACCAUUUUCAACAUGCAGGCAGUGGUUCCUUUAGCUAACCUGAUAGUGAAGGAGACUUUGUCUGAAGAGGAUGUUCUGACCUGCCAGAAGACAGUUUACAACGUGGUAGACAUGGAGAGGAAGAAUGACCCUCUUCCAAUAUCAACUGUGGGAUCCAGGGGCAAAGGACCCAAGAGAGAUGAACAGUAUCGCAUCAUGUGGAACGAGCUGGAAACAUUAGUUAAAACUCAUGCCGGAGCUACGGACAGACACCAAAGGGUGCUGGACUGCAUCGUCGCCUGCCGCAGCAAACCUCCCGAGGAGGAGGAGAGGAAGAAGAGAGGCAGGAAGAGAGAGGAGAGGGAGGACAGGACGGAGAAGAACGGCAGCAAGGAUACAGAGGACAAAAGCUGGCAGGACUCGGAGAGACUGAAGGGUUUGCUGGAUAAGGAGGAUCAGGAGUCCGAGGUGAUAAAGGAUUCUCCAGAUUCCCCAGAACCGCUCGUAAAGAAGCCACGCCUGUCCACGGAGGACGUUCAGCCUCCAGAGAGAGCAAAAGGUCCUGUGUCACUCCUCAGCCUGUGGACCAAUCGCAUCACCAUGGCCAAUUCCAGGAAGCACCAAGAGUUUGUUGGAAGAGUGAGCUCUGUCAACAACAAGUUUGAGUUGUACCAGCAGCUCAAAGAGGAGAACGGGUGUGUUGCUGUGAACUAUACCAAACAUCAGAUGGAAGUUCAUGAAAAUGGAAAAGCUUCCAGAUGAUGUUACAAUGGAAUCAUUAUUCACCACUGCCAAGGACGAGAUUGUGGACCACAGUUUUUUAUUUUAUUUUAUUUCUUGACCCAGGCAUCCCAUUAUACCCUCAGAACAAGGACAUCAAAUGAAAUAGAAAGCAAACUCUAAAGAGGAAUUUCUAUUUUUUUUUUUUUUUACCCAUAAUUUGUAGAUAAGCUGUUCACAUAUUGUGUAACACAUUAAAACUGUCAAUAAAGACUUUUGCGCAAA